AUGAACGAGAUUAAGCCGCACCAGCAGCCGCCGCCGCAGAGGAAGAGGAGGAGAAGGGACGACGGCCCGAACAACGCCGCCGUGUCCCACGGCGGGGAUACCAAGGUGAAGACCAAAGGCCUGACCGAGAUCAUCACCUCCCUUAUCCUGCUCGACGAUCAGGAAAAAAUCGAAAUCGAGGAGCUCGACAGGGCCCACCACGACGAAAGGCACCAGCUCGACCAGAACCACGACCGCCGUGCCCGGGCCAUGGUCGAAUACUACUCCCGCCUGCAGGACCACCACCACAACGCCACCCUCGUGGACGACACGCGCCGGCGCAAAUCUCGAUCCGACGCCCUCGUUGUCGCAGGCGCCGCCGUUUCCGUCGCCGCUGACGAUCCCGCCCCCGCCGGAGACGGUUCCCCCGCCGCGAGCGGCGACAGGCCCCCGCCGGCCGGCCCCCAUCGGCGGCUCUGGGUCAAGAACCGGUCCCGCGACUGGUGGGACCAGUGCAGCAGCCCCGAUUUCCCGGACGACGAGUUCCGAAAAGCCUUCCGCAUGGGCAAGGAGACUUUCGACAUGAUCUGCAACGAGCUGAGCUCCGCCGUCGCCAAGGAAAACACCAUGCUCAGGGACGCCGUCCCCGUCCGUCAGCGCGUGGCCGUCUGCAUCUGGCGGCUGGCCACCGGCGAGCCCCUCCGCCUCGUCUCCAAAAAAUUCGGCCUCGGCAUAUCCACCUGCCACAAACUCGUCCUCGAGGUCUGCUCCGCCAUCCGAAAGGUCCUCAUGCCCAAAUAUCUCCGGUGGCCGGAUGACGACGAGUCUCUCCUGACAAUCAAGAACCAGUUCGAAUCACUCUCCGGCAUACCCAACGUGGUGGGGUCCAUGUACACCACCCACAUACCAAUAAUCGCCCCCAAAAUCAGCGUGGCCGCGUAUUUCAACCGCAGGCACACCGAACGCAACCAGAAGACUUCAUACUCGAUCACUGUCCAAGGCGUAGUGGACCACAGGGGAGUAUUCACGGACGUUUGCAUAGGCUAUCCGGGCUCGAUGCACGACGAUCAAGUAUUGGAAAAAUCCACGCUUUUUCAACGGGCAAAUGCGGGUUUCUACCAAGGAAUGUGGAUUGUGGGCGGGCCAGGUUACCCGUUGAUGGACUGGGUUUUGGUUCCCUACACGCAGCAACACCUAACAUGGACGCAACACGCGUUUAACGAAAAAGUCGGGGAAAUUCAAGGGAUUGCGAAGGAGUCGUUUGCGAGGCUCAAGGGAAGGUGGGGGUGCCUGCAGAAGAGGACUGAGGUGAAGCUGCAGGACUUGCCGGUGGUUCUUGGGGCGUGCUGCGUUUUGCAUAAUAUAUGCGAAUUGAGGAACGAGGGCUUGGAACCGGGCCUUGAAUUCGAGCUCCUUGAUGAUGAGAUGGUGCCUGAGAUCGGGCUGAGGUCGGGGAAUGCUAUGAAGGCCCGGGACGCCAUUGCGCAUAACUUGCUGCAUCAUAAUCACGCGGGGACCUCGUUUCUUUCGUAG